UCAAAGCCAGGGACAAAGCUUGUAACUAUUUACCCCAAGUUGUGUUUGCGCCACCAGUUUAGUCAGCCAAAUAGAAUAUAGAAAGCAUAAAUACCUUUUACAAAGGGAUAAGCGUACUAUCUAAGCCUAAAAAGUGUGAAUCUGACGUGUUCCUGUAUGUGAGACUUUGUUUAGUGGAGGUGACCUUCAGAGUUUAAAUUUCAAUUGUGAUUGCGCUUAACCUCUGACAAGCUGUGAUGCCCUCGAAAAAUAGCCGCGAGUCGGAAGAAAGUGGAGGUGAAGAUGAGUUCCAGGUGGAAAAAAUCCUGAAAGUUCGUAUCAGAAAUGGACGGAAGGAGUAUUUCUUAAAAUGGAAAGGCUAUUCGGAAGAAGACAACACAUGGGAGCCAGAAGAGAAUUUGGAUUGUCCUGAUCUAAUUAAGGAAUUCGAAGAGCGACGGUCUCGUGAGAAGACAGUGGCCAGUCCAGCGAGGACUAGUACGGGUGCAGAAUCGAGAGCGCGAAAUAGAUCUAAGGGUUCGUCACUUAGUUCUGAUACCUCUAAAGACCAAACAGAGGAAGCUCCAGAGCCUGCCAAAAAGAAACGCACAUCUAACCUACCUGCAGCUACGGAGGAGCCAGUUACUGAGAUCGUAAGUGUUCCAGAAAAAGCAAAAGAAGUAGAAGAAGAGGACACAAAGGCUGAUACACCAAAAUCAUCUGGGAAGGUUCGUGGGUUCGCUCGUGGAUUAAAGGCUGAAAGAAUAAUUGGCGCGACUGAUUCCAGUGGAGAAUUGAUGUUUUUAAUGAAAUGGAAAGAUUCCGAUGAGGCUGAUUUGGUCCCUGCCCGUGAAGCUAAUAUCAAAUGUCCUCAAGUUGUUAUUCGCUUCUACGAAGAAAGAUUGACCUGGCACACACCUGAAAACCGUUCGGGAGCCCAGCGUUCUGGUCCAACAACAGGCACAAAUACUGCUGCGACGCGUUCAUAACUUUAUCACUUUAGACUGCAUUUACUCCUGAUGUCACUUUUCUUACUCCUUGAUAUUACUAUGCAUUUCUGUAAAGAUGCCAUCCUUAUUAUAUAAUAUUAUAUCAGAUGUCCGUACUCCCAUUAAA